AUGGCGGUGGCACGUUCGAAGCGGCUGUUAACGCUCGCGACUCGGUUGCUCGUGGCUUCCCGGAGAGACCUGGUUGUCAGCUCUCCAGAAGAACCUUUGCCAAUAGUGCGCAUCCCUCGGGCGCUACAGCGGCGGCACGAACAGCAGCAGAGAAGGCAGAAGAAUCCUCCGCAGCCGGUGCUAGUAAGACCUGGGCCUCUGCUGAUCUCGGCUCGGCGACCAGAGCUGAACCAGCCGGCUCGUCUCACGCUGGGCCGUUGGGAGCGCGCGCCUCUUGCCUCGCGUGGCUGGAAGAGCCGACGUGCGCGGGGAGAUCACUUCUCCAUCGAGCGCGCGCAGCACGAAGCGCCCUCGCUGCGCAAGCUCUCUUCGGAGGACAGCUUUGCGAACCUGGGCCUGGAGCCCCGGGUGCUGCAUGCAUUGCGGAAAGCUGCACCCGAAGUCAUUCGCCCAACGACUGUGCAGCUGAGCACCAUCCCACCGCUACUUCGUGGCCGCCACAUCCUUUGCGCCGCGGAGACCGGCAGUGGCAAGACUCUUAGCUACCUCCUACCGCUGUUUCAGCGUCUCUUGGUUCGUCCUAGCGUGUGCGCUCACCAUGUUCCUGCACCCCGGGGCCUAGUCCUCGUUCCUUCCCGAGAAUUGGCCGAACAGGUACGAGCUGUUGCCGAGCCAUUAGGUGCCUCCCUGGGCCUGCAGGUGCAGGAGUUUGGAGGAGGUCGUGGCAUGAGUAAGAUGAGGCUGCAGCUGUCCAAACAAACUCUAGCACACGUACUAGUGGCCACUCCAGGGGCGCUGUGGAAGGCCUUGAAAGGUCAACUCGUCAGCCUGCAACAGCUUUCCUUCUUGGUGUUGGAUGAAGCAGACACACUGCUGGAUGAAAGCUUCCUGGAACUGGUACAUUACAUCUUGGGGAGGAGCCAGAUAGCAGAAAAGCCGGCUGACUUAGAAGAUCCUUUCAGUUUCAAAGCUCAACUCGUGCUGGUGGGAGCCACAUUUCCUGAAGGUGUGGGCGAGCUGCUGAGUAAAGUCACUAGCGCAGAUUCUCUCACUACCAUCACCAGUUCCAAUCUCCACUGCAUCAUGCCUCAUGUCAAACAAACAUUUAUGAAGCUCAAGGGAGCAGAGAAGGUAACUGAGUUGGUGCAAAUCCUCAAGCAGCAUCACAAAACAAGUAGGACUGGCCACACAGGAACCGUUCUGGUGUUCUGUAAUAGCUCCGCCACUGUGAACUGGCUGGGAUACAUUCUGGAUGACCACAAAAUCCAGCACUUACGGCUGCAGGGACAAAUGCCAGCCUCAAUGAGGGCAGGCAUCUUCCAAAGCUUCCAGAAGGGCUCCCAAGACAUACUUCUCUGCACAGACAUAGCCUCUCGGGGCCUGGACAGCAUCAACGUGGAGCUGGUUGUCAAUUACGAUUUCCCUUUCACCCUGCAGGACUAUAUUCACAGAGCGGGAAGGGUGGGCCGUGUAGGGAGCCAGGUACCAGGCACCGUCAUCAGCUUUGUAACCCAUCCGUGGGAUGUGAGCCUAGUUCAGAAAAUUGAGCUGGCAGCUCGCCGGAGGAGAAGCCUUCCAGGACUCAAGUCCUCAGUGAGAGAGCCUUUGCCCCAGCCAACUUGA